UAUUAGAUGUAUGGUAAAUAUAAGAUUACCAAAACAGUAAAAAUGACACUUUUAAUAACUAUAUCGAACAAGAAAUAGUCUGGCAGAUUUUAUGCCAGAAGCAAUUUAACACAUAAUUAUUCUCAUCAGUGUUUCUCAUUGUUUCAUAAAUCUGUCAACGGCAAACUUGGUCUGGUUAUAUUAUUGUCAUUUUAAUGGAAAACAAGUCAAGAGCAAUGUUUUAGAUUUCAAUAUCCGUCAUCUUGCUUUACAAGAGGAAUUGGACUUCUGUUUCUAAAAAUGGCUUGUUGGAUUAAGCGUGUAUAACGAAUAUCUUUUUAUAUAUUUUAUUGGAGGAUUUCGAGAGCUGAAGAUACGAUUUCAAUGGAUGUAAAUGAAAUGACUGUUAAGCUACACAUAUAAUUUAAUAUGAAUUAAUUGGAAUGUGUUUGAGAUGAAAUUAUGUUUUGUAAUGAAUUUUAAGUGUAUCAUUACAUUAUUUCAGGAAUCGGAAAUAUUUAUAUCAAUCAUGUCGGGUUCAAGAACUGUCGCAAUAGCCAUUGAAGACAGCGAACAUUCCAUGUAUGCGUUUAACUUCUAUAUCGACCAUGUCCAUAAGAAGAAUGACAAGGUUGUCCUCAUUCACGUCCCUGAAUACAGUAAUGUUAUUUCAGAUUCUUCAGUGCUUACAGAUACACAAAUCCUUAUUGAGUUCCUAAAAAUAACAGAGGAAAAAUCUCAAGAGCUAGUCAAUACAUACGCUCAAAAAAUGAAAGACUUGCAGCUACAAGGUGCAAUAAAACAACAAACUGGAACUCCUAGUGAAGCUAUACUAGAGGCCGUUCAAGAAGAAAAGGCUGAUUUGCUAAUUCUUGGAUGUCGAGGGCAUGGACUUAUUUGCAGGACGUUGUUAGGGAGUGUUAGUGACUAUUGUCUUCACCAUUGCAGAAUUCCUGUUAUAAUAUGUAAACAUCAAAAGACAAACAUUUCUUCAAAGGACACUGAAAAUCGACAAACUAAAAGGAAGUAAAUAUACAUCCCAACAUUCGAUCACUUAUAGAACCCAUCUGAUUGAAAAAAAUUUACAACGCCUUUAUGCUAAGAAUUUUAACUAAUUUCAAAUCUAGUUUGUUCCUUUCAUAAACAGAAAGGUUUCGAUCAAAUGUAGGUGACGUAUUAAAAAUAGUAAAUAGUAAUUGUGUCUUAAUGUAAUAUAAUCAUACAUAAGAUAUCUUUUUAACAAUUUAAGUCAUAUAGACGUCCUUAAAACAUUUAAGCUGAUACAAGACAAACACAUAAACUUGCUCUUACAAUAUGUUACUUAAAACAGACAUUCGUAAUUACAAGUGCUGACAGACGGCGGAUUCCCUGUGGUCUAAUAAAUUGCACUGUAAUUUGAUUCGAACAGACUGCUAGAUGAUAUAUAUCUGAAGUAUUGAAUAGCAGAUUUAAAUAUUGUGUUAUUUUAUUUCUACUCCCAGUUGUGUGUGUAGCUUUUAAAUAUUACAAGUUAUAUGAUAUCUUAAAAUGGUGACGUUUUAUCUUUUAAGUUAGUUAAUAUAUAAUGGUGUUUUAGUCAAAAGAAUACAAAGCUCUCAUCUGAAAUAUAGAUAUCUUUUGAAUUUCCUUCGCUGCCAAUAUGAACAUAGUCUUGUUCUUAAUAUACUAAAUUGUUUAAACCAUUUUGAUAAAGUCAUUAUUCAUUUGUCACUCAUACAACGACCGUCAUUGUCUUGUAUUACUAAUCAAUGACUGUGCAAAUGGACUUUUGUGUGCGUUAUUUAAGCUUUGCCGAUUGUAAAGUUCUUUUUUUUUAAAACAGCAACAGUACUAGACAUUAAAGAAUACCAGAACAGAUUAACAAUUAUUCAAUAUAUACACAAUUCAUUGUUGUUUUAUGAUUUAAUGUUAUUUUCUGCUUAAGCCUGUUUAAGGGAGCGUGGACAGUAGCUUGCACUAACAACACUUUCAUGAACAGGCUCAAUCAAACUGAGCCUGCAACAUUUUCAUUUUGCUGUCUUGUACUUCCUUUAGGGAUUCUUUUUCUCUCCUUCAAAACAAUUCAUUUGAGAUUCAUUUCAGAUAUCAAUUUGAUUUAUAACAUUUUGUGUUUACAUGCAAUUAUUAAUGUUAAUUAGUGGUGAUUGUGUCUGUCUCACAAUGCCGCUAAUUUAUAUAACAUUUUAUAUUGUUAUGAAUAUGUAAAUGGAUUUGAGGGCGUGCGUUCUCUAAAUACGUUCGA